AAGGCAACCAAAACAAAUUGAGCUGAGCGAAGCGGAAAGUCGUUUGAAAGCCAGAAGAAAAACGUUUACCAACUUCUCCGCUCUUCUCUUGCUUUUUAGCCAGUUCGUGCUGACAACCGGCAAGAGUAAGGUCAAGUUCAGAAGCCUCUGUUUUUGCCACGAAGAUGAUGCGGAUUUUAGUGACUCUGCUUCUGGCCGCCUUCCACUCGAUCCCAUCCACGUUGGCCAUAUCCUGUGCUGGUUGCGUGGAUCUGGAUGAGCUUAAUUUCCAGAAAACGGUGGAGAGAUUUCCCUACGCCGUUGUCAAGUUCGAUAUCGCCUUUCCCUACGGAGAUAAACACGAAGCCUUUGCCGCCUUUUCGAAGGCCGCUCACAAAACCACGAAGGAUCUGCUUAUUGCCACCGUGGGCAUCAAGGAUUAUGGAGAUCUGGAAAACAAGGCCCUGGGCGAUCGCUACAAAGUUGAUGACAAGAACUUUCCCGCCAUUUUCCUGUUCAAAGGCAACGUAGAUGAGUACAUCCAGCUUCCCAGCCACAUGGACGUAACUCUGGAUAAUUUGAAGGCCUUUGUCAGUGGCAAUACACCUCUAUAUAUUGGUCGCGAUGGUUGCAUCAAGGAGUUCAACGAUGCCCUCAAAAACUAUGCCAAUAUUCCCGAUGAUGAGCAACUGAAACUCAUUGAGAAACUGCAAUCCAAACAGGAGAAGUUAACCAAUGCCGAGGAACAGCAGAGUGCCAAGGCCUACUUGAUCUAUAUGCACAAGAUCCAUGAACUGGGAUACGAUUUCCUGGAGGAGGAGACCAAGCGACUUUUGCGUUUGAAGGCUGGAAAGGUUUCGGAUGCCAAGAAGCUAGAGCUGCUGAGAAAACUUAACAUUCUGGAAGCCUUCCGAGUCCACAAAGUCACCAAAACUUCGCCCGAGAAACAAGAGCUGUGAACUUGUCGAAGUGCAUCUGUUAAAUCUGUAAACAUUAUAAUCUUUAAUGAUAUUUACAUAUGCCGAAGUACUGCGGUCAAAUGUUAAUGCACAAUAAUUCUUAAUGUAAACCAAAUUUCAAGGUAUUUUUAAAGGUAUUUAAAUAAAUAAAAUAUGAAAAAAAAAAAAAUAUUUACCGAAA